AUGUUUCGUAUCAGUAAUUUCUCGAAAAUUAUCAGUGAUAAAGAUGACAACAAAAUGGUCAAAUUAUUGAUGCGAGGAAAUUCGACAACCGAAUUUCCUGGAAGGCAAGCAUUAGUAUCACGAUAUUCAUCAUUUGUUAUUCUUGGAUUAAUUGUAUUAUUUAUUAUUGUCGCAUACAUUCAGCAUCUUUACGUGAAAUACGAGACACGUGUUCGUUCCAGACGUAGAAAACGUCAUAAACUUAUACUCAAAGAAUGCAGUUAA